UGCCAUUUUUCCCCCUGCUAACAUGUUAGAUGCUAAAAAGGCGAGGAGUGGUGGUCGCUGCUGAGUGCUUCUCUUUAUUGGGUGUUUGCCGUUCGUUUGCGUUUGUCUACCUCUUCUGUCGUAUGCGUUAGGCUCGGUUGUUGAAUGAAGGCGGCAUGGAGAGGACAGAACAGCCGUGGAAUUCCUCCUACACGUACCAGGUGAGCAAACACAGCGCAGAGAUGCUACACAACCUCAACAGCCAGAGAAAAGAUGGAGGCAGGUUUUGUGAUGUUAUCUUGCGCGUCGGAGAGGAGAGCUUCCCCGCGCACAAGGCGGUGCUGGCGGCGUGCAGCGAGUAUUUUGAGUCGGUGUUCAGCUGUCAGGCGGAAGACGACGGCCAGGGCAAGGAGCUGGAGAUGCACACGAUCAGCCCCAAAGUUUUCCGAGACAUCCUAGACUUCGCGUACACCUCUAAGAUCGUGGUGCGUCUGGAGUGCUUCCCGGAGCUUAUGACCGCGGCGAAGUUUCUGCUCAUGCGAUCUGUCAUCGAGAUCUGUCAGGAGGUCAUCAAACAAUCCAACGUGCAGAUCCUCGUGCCUCCUUCCCGAGGAGGCGAGCACAGCCUGUUCAGGGCCGCGGAGCAGCUGUCAUACCCCCUGCCCGUGGACAUGUCAAACGGGAGCGUGUCCAGCGGCGCAGUGUUUACCGACAACAACGACAGCGACAGUGCCGAUCCGACGCAACCAAGUAACAGCUCUCAGCCGGCCGCUUCCGGAGCACAAGCGGCCGAUCGCUUAGCGGUUUCCCCGCUGGAGUUUCCCAGCAGCCACCUCAAUAGCGACGGCUCCAAGCGAGGCAGAGGGAGACCCAAAAAAGAGCCCACGACAGAGCCGAUCACUUACAACAACAGCACUGCUCAAAACGAAAACGAGGGGAUUUUCUCGUGUGGGGUUUGUGGUAAGAUGUUUCCCGACGACGUCCAGUUGAGAAACCACGAGACGCAGCACGGGACGUUCACCGGCGGCGUGAGCACCAGAGCGGAGCUGGUCGCUGUGGACGGCCCGACGAUGAUCUCUCAUCCCCAGGCGCGGUUUCAGGAAAACGGACUGCCCGCGGACAACCGUAAACGCGAGAGGACGAGACGACACGUCGCGUGUGAUCUGUGCGGGAAGGUCUUCCGAGACGUCUACCACCUCAACCGGCACAAACUGUCUCAUUCGGGCGAGAAACCGUACGCGUGUCCGGUGUGCGGGCUGCGCUUCAAACGCAAGGACAGGAUGUCUUACCAUGUGCGGUCUCACGACGGCUCGGUGGGUAAACCUUAUGUCUGUCAAAGCUGCGGGAAAGGUUUCUCCAGGCCAGACCAUCUGAAUGGACAUAUUAAACAGGUUCACACCACAGAGAGACCUCACAAGUGUCAGAUUUGCAACGCAUCUUUCGCAACACGAGAUCGCCUGAGGUCACACCUGGCAUGCCAUGAAGAUAAGAUACCAUGUCAAGUGUGUGGGAAAUUCCUCCGGGCUGCCUACAUGACCGACCACUUGAAAAAACACAGUGAAGGACCUCAUAACUACUGUGGAAUAUGCAACAAAGGUUUUUCUACUGCAUCCUACUUAAAGGUGCACGUAAAAAUGCACCACAGCUCGACCAUGCUCCCUUCCUCUGCAGCACAUCAGUUCCCUGAACCACGCACCAACAGACCACAGAUGCACAACGGCGCCCCCUACCACUCAGGACGCCAGUGCGCAGUGGAAGGCCUUUGCACCAGUCGCCGGCUCGUGGUUACCUUUCCCGAGACAGAGGGGUCUUUUCGGGGGCUAACUGGGCCAGUUCUACCCCAGCCCGUCCCUCCGGCCCUCGGCCUGCAGCCUGAGCUGCUCCUGGGCAAGCCAGGUCCAACUCCCUAUUUCUGGGAGUGCCGCUUUCCUGGAGCACCAGGGUUUCCGCUUCAUGGACCUCUUACAGACGGGCAGGAGAAUGCUGGGAAAUGCCCCCAUCAGGACUCUGAUGGAUCGGACGCAGUUUUCGGUGACUUUUCCAACGGAACGGACCUCAAGGCUGAACAGAAAGUAGAGGGAGAAGAAAUGGAGGUGACAUCUUUCAUCUUCAACGGCCAACCUGAGGAUGCAUUGACCUCACCGGGGGGAUCCAAAAACAUCCAAACAAUAGACCAAGAAAAGAAGUUUGCCUGUGGCGACUGUGGCCAGACCUUCCGCACAAAGUCUUACCUCAACAAGCACCAUCACCGGGUUCAUAAGAAACGUGCUGCGGCCGGGUCGGGUCUCGGUGAUCUUGGCUCACCCUUUUCCCCCCAACAGAAUAUGUCACUUCUUGAAUCCUUUGGCUUUCAGAUCGUCCAGUCAGCCUUUGCCUCCUCACUAGUGGACUCUGAGAUGGGCAGCAGUGGAAUGGGUUUAGGGGAGAAAUGACCCCUUUGAGAUGCAGACAUUUCUUAUAACCUUAUUGGACAACCAAACUUUUCAUAACUGCGAGUUUAGUCUGUUGUCUCAUACUCCUUGACGCCAUAUGUAGACUACUUUUUGUUUUGUUUUUGGCUUUUCUUACUAUUCUAAUGUUUGUUAAUGUUUUGACUUUGCCAUCAUGGAUGCCAUUUUGAUUCCAUCUUGGUGUGAAGCAGCUAAUCUGUUUAUUCCUCCUUCGACAAAUCCUCAAUUUCAUUGGUCUAUCCUUAAAAAAAUAAUAAUUCAUUGCUUUUGACAUGUAUGUGUAUCACGUGUGUCUCUCAGCUUCCAGAUUGUGGAUUGAGGAUGAUGCCCCAAACUUUCAGAAUGUACCUCUAGGUUAUUUUUGCCCAGACUUACCUCACCGAGAAGCAUAACAUUAGCAAGCAUUACAAUUUUAACAGUCUAAACAAAAGUUUUCACAAUCAGAAAACACUGAGACUGUGUAAUUUGCGCAGCUGUUGCAGUCCAAUGGCCAUUAACACCUAGAUAUAAAACAAAAAAGAUAUAAAUAUUUUAGUCUUUUUCUGUAUGAGUUACUUUAACAAAUACUUAAAUGAUUUUAAAUCCUUUAAAACUUCAGGCUAAAUAAUGGCUGUUAAAGUGUUAGUUCAUCCAAAAAUGAAAAUUAGCCUGUGCUUUACUCA